GUGCUACCAUUUUAACACCUGAACAGAUUGAGAAAUUAGAUAUCUCAAAAAUAAGAAACCACUUUUUCGAGGAGCUUAGGAAAGUACAAUUCAUCUCAUUAGUCCCUCCUUCAGAAAAUGACCCCCAAGAAAAAGAAAACAAUUAUCCAAAUGUAGGAUCUUUAAAGUUGUUAGACGAGUCAAUUACAAGUGAAUUAUCUAGUUCAUCUAGAACCUAUUCAUUUUCUGAGCCCAUUGAGGCGGGUGGGUCCCUCUUGGAUCGUGUACAGGAAAAGCAAAAAAAGAAAAGAAAGUCAUCAAAACCCAAACCUAUUCAAAGUUCUGAUUUACCUGAGAUUUCAACCAAAGGCUCCUGCCAAAAUUCCUCACUAGACAUCUCAUAUGAUCUAAUUACUUCAAUUGGAAAAAAUCAUAUCGAAGCAGAAGAAGCUAUACGCGAAUCAGAAAAAUGCCUAGCUCAUAACUCAUCUUUUAGCUCAUUAUAUUCAGCAAAAGUACUCUAA